CUGUUUCCGUCGAUAAAAACACACGCGUAAUCUACCUAACUGAAAUCUAACCUAAAAACCGGCAUUACUUGCCAGCUCUUUAAGGACAUUCGUGAUCAGAAAACUUGAAAAACUAUUUAGAAGUAGUAUCAAAGUUUCGAGAUACAGGCACUUAAUUGAUAAGAAACAUGGUUGUCCGUCAGUAUCAGGAAGAAUUGAAGUACCUAGAAAAAAUCAACGAUUACUGCUGGAGAAUUAAAAAGGGGUUUCAGCCAAAUAUGAAUGUCGAAGGUAUAUUCUAUGUAAACAAUACCCUGGAACGUCUAAUGCUAGAAGAAUUACGCAAUUCCUGCCGACCUGGUAUGGUAGGUGGAUUUCUACCAGGAGUAAAGCAAAUUGCUAAUGUGGCUGCUUUACCUGGCAUUGUAGGGAGGUCUGUCGGAUUACCAGAUGUUCAUUCCGGAUAUGGAUUUGCCAUCGGCAAUAUGGCGGCAUUCGACAUGAAUGAUCCCAAAUCAAUAGUCUCCCCUGGAGGUGUAGGAUUUGACAUAAACUGUGGCGUAAGGCUCCUUAGGACUAAUUUAUUUGAGAAGGAUGUCCAGCCUAUAAAAGAACAACUAGCUCAAAGCAUGUUCGAUCACAUACCUGUUGGUGUCGGAUCAAAAGGAAUCAUACCCAUGAAUGCCAGGGAUUUGGAAGAGGCCUUAGAAAUGGGAAUGGAUUGGUCUCUUCGUGAAGGCUAUAUUUGGGCAGAGGAUAAAGAACACUGCGAGGAAUAUGGUCGUAUGCUCAAUGCAGAUCCUUCAAAAGUGUCAAUGAGAGCUAAGAAACGUGGUCUGCCACAGUUGGGUACGCUGGGUGCAGGAAACCAUUAUGCGGAAAUUCAAGUAGUCGAAGAAAUCUAUGAUAAAUGGGCAGCUAGCAAAAUGGGUAUUGAAGACAAAGGGCAAGUUUGUGUCAUGAUUCAUUCUGGCAGCAGAGGAUUUGGACAUCAAGUUGCUACUGAUGCUCUUGUACAAAUGGAGAAGGCUAUGAAGCGCGAUAACAUCGAAACAAACGAUCGGCAGUUGGCAUGUGCACAUAUUCAUUCAACUGAGGGACAAGACUAUUUAAAGUCAAUGGCUGCAGCAGCAAAUUUUGCUUGGGUUAAUCGUAGUUCUAUGACAUUUCUUAGUAGACAGGCGUUCGCAAAACAGUUUCACAUGUCACCUGAUGACUUGGACAUGCAUGUAAUUUAUGAUGUAUCCCAUAACAUUGCCAAAGUUGAAGAACACAUUGUUGAUGGCAAACAGAAAACUUUACUAGUUCAUAGAAAGGGUUCAACACGUGCUUUCCCACCUCACCAUCCGCUCAUUCCAGUUGAUUAUCAGUUGACGGGACAACCUGUAUUGAUCGGAGGUACCAUGGGGACAUGUAGUUAUGUUCUCACAGGAACUGAAGAAGGCAUGAAAGAAACUUUUGGGUCAACAUGUCACGGAGCGGGCCGCGCAUUAUCGCGUGCAAAGGCACGACGAAACUUGGAUUACAAAGACGUAUUAGCCAAACUGGAACAAUCUGGCAUAUCGAUCAGGGUUGCAUCACCGAAUUUGGUCAUGGAGGAGGCUCCUGAAUCUUAUAAAAAUGUGACUGAUGUAGUUAACACAUGUCACGCGGCCGGAAUAUCCCGAAAAUGCAUUAAACUGAGGCCUAUUGCUGUCAUAAAAGGGUAAAUUUACAGAAAAAAAUUGGAAUUCCCGGAUUUUGUGUAAUUGCGAUUGACAUAAUAAUCUUGCGAUAUUUUCACAAUGCAUUUCAGUAAAGCGUAACCCUGUUAUAGAAGGGUUGGUUUAUUGUCAAUAAUAAAAACAAAUCGCAAACUUUAUGCAACUUAACUGUGAUAUUUCCUUAAUUUAUAAUUUUUAAUUAUUGAACGGUUGUAAUUUAUUUUACCCAUUCUUAUUGACAGUUAAUGCAGUUCUUAAUAAAUACAGCAGUAGGCGAUGUUUAUUAUUGAGUUAAAUUUAUAAUUCAUUCAAAUAUAACUUCUUCGUCUAAUACGAUCAGACGAAACAUUGUUAGUUUUCACAAAUAUGUAAUUAUUAAGGCGCUUACUAUAAUCAUUUGCAUUGAAAAUUUAAAAGAAAAACAAGUGCUUUGGCUGAUCUUGAGAGCUGACUCAAAAACUUCCCGCUCCGAUGCGUUUACAGGCCAUAAAAAUAAAUAAAUAAAAUUGUUAUUUUUUUUUUUUUUUAUGAUCCUCGUAAAAGAAGAGUUGUCACGAAAUCUCGAAGUUCGAGUUAUUUCUGAAGCUGCUAUAGACGUAUUUUGAUUGGCUGUCGAUGUCGUGUUCGGAGUUUGUUUAUGUGCGUAUUUCAGAUCGUAGAAAAAAGUAAGAAACAAUUGCAGCUCAUCCGAUCCCGAUCGUGUCAGAUACAUUUAUUUAGCGACGCGAUCGUGUCAAAUAAAUUUAUUUAGCGACAAGAGUGAAUAAGUGAUGGAGAAAUUUAGUAAGAGCGAUUUUACGUCGAGCGAGGAACUCGAUGCGUUAACAGCGGGUGAUAAUACAACAGACCUAACAGUAAUAUUGUUAUUAAAAAAGUUAUAAGACAAUUAAAGAAAAGCGCGCGCGUUGACCCUAGUGAUGGUAAAAUGAAGUGACUUUAAAGCUGAAUCAUCCGAAUCUAUUCAUUCGUUUCAGAGAUCGAACAAAGAAUUGAUCACAUACGAACGCACACACACACAUGCCAAGCCAUCCAUCUGAGCAUGGUCGGAGACGAUUCUUUAAUCUUAAACUAUCGACAUUUAGUGAUAACUCACCUUUUCGUUUUAAGGGUGGUUAUAGUAACUUGAAAAUAAGAGCGGGAAGUUAAAAGGAGAAACAAAGAAGCUAUUUAAAUUCACUAACUUUUUAUUUUGCUUUUGUUAACAUUUAAACAAAAAAUAUCAUAUUAUACAGAUGUAACUAGAUACAAACUAUGUACUACCUUGAUUACAGCAGCAAAAAUUUUAAUAAUAUUGUUACAAAUAGUUUUGUACAAGAAAUUUAAUUUUCACUUCAGAUAUGUGAAAAAUGAUGACGUCAUAUUGUGUACAAUCUCAAUCUUAAUAUCUGCAAACAUUAGUUCACAUAUAAAAAAAUUGAUGGUAAAACAUAAUCUAAGAGUCAAAAUGGCGUACAAGUACCUCCGGCCACCUGAAAUGCAAUAAAUUCUAUUCGUGGCUAAAGCCAUGAAUCUACAUUUUCUAAGCAAAUAUUGAAAUGAAUCUUUGGAGCGUG